AUGUCAGAACAGCAAGGAGGAAUGCAGAGGCUUCACUGGCCACAUGCUCUGCAGAAUGUUCAUGCUGCUUGGCAUCAUGGGCAUGGCAAUCAGGAGAAGUAUCAGGACCACAUUACAGGACCACACAUGGCUCUGGACCAGCAAGAGAUCUGUGAGGUCUCCCUGGGCAUCGGGGCCCUCCUGGUCCUGUGGGUCCUGGUUAUAAAGGAGAUAAGGGACACAAAGGAGCAACAGGUGACCCAGGAACACCUGGCUGCCCUGGGGUCCCUGGCCAGCAAGGCCAGCCAGUCAGGCAGAGACGGCCCACUGGGCCCACCAGGACAGAAGGGCCAGACUGGAGAAACUGGUGUCCCAGGACCUCCCGGUAAGAACUGCAGUCAGGUCAGGUUUGAAGGGUGUGGUAGCGGGAAACGUGCAGGACCCAAUAAAGAUGCCUGGAGACCGGAGAGCCAGAAGGGGAUGAAUGCACACUUGACGUGGACGGCGGUGCCAGGAGACCUGGGCUUGGCUGGACCUCCUGGACCCCAAGGACAAAGUGGACACCCAGGGAGCCAUGGAAUUCCUGGAUAUCCAGGUCUUAAGGGCAGGAGAGGGUCAGCUGGUAAAAGAGGACCAGGUGGUUCUCCUGGACCGAAAGGGGAGCAGGGAGACCGAGGGCUUCUCGAACCAAGAGGUACCCCAGGUGCAUGUGGUACAGUUGGUGCUAAAGGUGUUCCGGGUCCACUGGGUCCCUGUGAGGAGACACCAGUGAAGGGCAGCUUCCUGUUCACCAGGCACAGCCAAGCACUCUUUAUCCCAAAAUGCCCUGCAGGAUCCGUGAGGGUGUACACUGGAUACUCACUGCUGUUCAUCCAUGGAAACAGCCGAGCUCACGGACAAGACCUGGGUAUGUUAGGCAGCUGUCUGCCUCGUUUUACCACCAUGCCCUUCCUGUUCUGUAACACUGACAACACCUGUCGCUACGCCUCACGCAACGACUACUCCUACUGGCUGGUCACUGACCAACUGCUGUCUGACAGCAUCCCAUUCAUCUCUGGGGAGUCCUUGAGGAAUCUUAUCAGCCGGUGUACUGUAUGUGAGGCCAGAGCCAAUGUGAUUGCCAUCCAUAGUCAGACCACUGACACUCCUGACUGUCCCUCUGGGUGGGACUCUCUCUGGCCCGGUUACUCCUUUGUGAUGGAAACAGGAGUGGGGGCUGAGGGGUCAGGUCAGCCCCUAGCUUCUCCUGGAUCCUGACUGGAAAACUUCCAGAAGGUCCCCUUCAUUGAGUGUCAUGGCAGAGGAACCUGCAACUUCUACACCGACUCCUACAGCUACUGGCUGGCUGCUCUCAACCCCUACGAUAUGUUCAGUAAACCGAAGCCUGAGAUUGAUAAAGGAGAGUUUCCAGGUAGUCUGAUCAGCCGCUUUCGAGUCUGUAUGAAGAGGCUGUGAACACCAACACUGCUGCUAACACUAUUAACGUUAGUAUUA